AUGCCAGAGUGUGUAUUGGUAGUCGGAGCCACUGGCAACAUUGGAGUAGCUGCUGUCAAAGGUGCCCUGCGCUCUGGACGGCAGGUUUUGGCCAUUGUCCGUAAUCAAGCGUCGGCAGAUAAGUUGUACAGACAUGUCGGCUCAUCAGAAAGCAUCACUAUCGUCGAAGCUAGUGUAACUUCUGAUACUGGGAUAAAGGGUGUUGUCGACCAAGUCAAAGCUGGCGUGCUGCCACCUUUCCAGCAUGUGUACACUUGCGUGGGUGGUGAGUACACAGAUGUUCCACUGAAGGACAUCACUACCGAGAGGCUUCGGCAAAACAUGAAUAUGUCAUUUGAAGCCAAUUUCUUUGCCUAUCGUGAUACCAUCGGAUAUCUACUGGAGCAGAAUAAUCCAAAUAGCACAUGGACUAUCUGUACGGGCUCGCAGGGGGACGAUGCAAUGUUUGCACUACCAGCUAUUGGGCAGGGUCCGUUAUUUUCUAUGGCCACGGCAGCGGCCCGCGAGAACGAGAAGACCAACGUUCGUAUGAAUGAAGUCUACUUAAUGUUUCGCGUCGAGGUCGAUGCUGCUGCUGCAGAGCAUGGAGUCUCCAGUAGCUCUGAGUUUGCUUCCGUCUACGAGGGGAUACUCGCCAAUACCGAGAUCCGUAGCUCACGAGUGCGCGUCGCCACGCCUGCAGACUUUAAGGACUUGAAAUGGGCUAAGAAGUUUUAA